UUGUUUUGUCCUUUCGUAGAAUCUGUUUCCUGUUUAUUAUUUUUCAUGGAAAUUCGUCUAUCACACCACGUAUGUAGUAAUUAUCAUAGUACAUGUCUACGAAUGGUUAAUGUCAGAAAAGCUGAGCAUACUGGCUACCCAGAGCAAACUGGCUACAUCGGGCUCUAAAAAAGAGCGAUCAGUGAGUGAACUAACUCUCUAAUAUUGUGCUACAUUGAACCUAAACCCAUAGUCAUCAUGGAUACUCUCUACACUUAUAGAUUACUACCACCCACAUAUACCAACACGAAGGACCCUGAAUACAGUUAUAGACUAGUGAAGCUCGAACUUGUAGACUGCUGGCAAACUCCAGACCUGAACAUCAUCAUCAAACAAGAAGAGGAGGAGGAAGAGGAUAGCUUUCUACAAGUUAAAGAAGAAGAGGAGGAAGAGGAUAUUUCUCUGCAAGUUGAAGAAGAAGAGGAGGAAGAGGAUAUUUCUCUACAAGUUGAAGAAGAAGAGGAUGAGGAAGAUAAUAUCUCUCUACAUGUUAAAGAAGAAGAGGAGGAAGAGGAUAUCUCUCUACAAGUUAAAGAAGAAGAGGAAGAUCACACUUUCAUGGUCAAAGUAGAGGAAGAAGAGAAGGACAAAGCUCUUGUAGUUAAAGAAGAAGAAGAGGAGGGUGGUUUUACGGUCAAAAAAGAAGAAGAAGAAGCUAUAGAGGUUUUUAUUUUUUCUGAACAACAACAACAACAACAGACGCGACCAAAGAAACAGCCAAAACAGACCCAGGAACCCCAACACUCCCCUCUGUACUGCCCCGACUGUGGGAUGAGUUUUGUCAGCCCUGGAAUACUGAACGCGCACCGCAGAAUCCACCAGCCCAGAAUAAUCCACACCACCACCACCACCACCGGUGAGCCGUCUCACUACUGCCACGACUGCGGCAAGACCUUCGACACCGCCCGCUACCUCAACAAGCACCGCUUGGUUCACACAGCAGAGAGGACGCACCACUGUUCCCAGUGCGACCGGAGCUUCCUGAGACUCCAGCACCUCAAAGAGCACCAGAGAACCCACAGCGGAGAGAAACCUCACUACUGCUCCGCGUGUGGGAAGGGCUUCACCAAGGUCCGACUGCUCCGGACACACCAGCGGCUGCAUGCCGUGGAGGGGGCCGACGUCGUCGGGGAUGGGGCGGAGACGGGGAUGAAGGAAGCUAGUGGGGUGGUGAUGUCAGCGAUGGGGCGGAAGAGAGCGCUGAGAGUUCUGGCCGGAGUGGACUACUACUACUGCUCUGAGUGUGGGAAGAGCUUCUCCAGUGCGGCCUAUCUUAAGGUGCAUCAGAAGGCUCACACAGGAGGCAAACCAUACCAGUGUGCUCACUGUAAGAAAUCAUUCAGCACGUCGUGGGGUUUAAAGGUUCACCGGCAGAAUCGCUCUGGAGAGAAGCCCUACCAGUGCGCCGACUGUGGGAAGAGGUUCUCGGACCUGCGCAGCCACAAAGCCCACCAGAGCACCCACACUGGAGAGAAACCAUACACAUGCCCUGUCUGUGGAAAAGGCUUUGCCUGGCUAAAGAGCCUACAGAAACACCAGGCCACACACAGCAGCAGUGGUGGUGGAGUCAUAGAAGUACAUAUAGAAUAAUGUAGGAUAUCCUGGAGGGUUUCACUCCAACCCCAAUCUUGCAGGGUAGUUACAACUACGGGACAGGAGGGUAGCUCUCCAGGAACAGAGUUAUAGGAGGGUAGUUACAACUACAGGACAGGAGGGCAGCUCUCCAGGAACAGAGUUAUAGGAGGGUAGCUCUCCAGGAACAGGGUUGGGUUAUAGGAGGGUAGCUCUCCAUGAACAGGGUUGGGUUAUAGGAGGGUAGCUCUCCAGGAACAGGGUUGGGUUAUAGGAGGGUAGCACUCCAGGAACAGGGUUGGGCUACAGCAGGGUAGCUCUCCAGGAACAGGGUUGGGUUAUAGGAGGGUAGCUCUCCAGGAACAGGGUUGGGUUAUAGGAGGGUAGCACUCCAGGAACAGGGUUGGGCUACAGCAGGGUAGCUCUCCAGGAACAGGGUUGGGUUAUAGGAGGGUAGCUCUCCAGGAACAGGGUUGGGUUACAGCAGGGUAGCUCUCCAGGAACAGGGUUGGGUUACAGCAGGGUAGCUCUCCAGGAACAGGGUUGGGUUAUAGGAGGGUAGCUCUCCAGGAACAGGGUUGGGUUACAGGAGGGUAGCUCUCCAGGAACAGGGUUGGGUUAUAGGAGGGUAGCUCUCCAUGAACAGGGUUGGGUUAUAAGAAGGUAGCUCUCCAGGAACAGAGUUGGGUUAUAGGAGGGUAGCUCUCCAGGAACAGGGUUGGGUUAUAGGAGGGUAGCUCUCCAGGAACAGGGUUGGGUUAUAGGAGGGUAGCUCUCCAGGAACAGGGUUGGGUUAUAGGAGGGUAGCUCUCCAUGAACAGGGUUGGGUUAUAAGAAGGUAGCUCUCCAGGAACAGAGUUGGGUUAUAGGAGGGUAGCUACAACUACGGGACAGGAGGGUAGCUCUCCAGGAACAGGGUUGGGUUAUAGGAGGGUAGCUCUCCAGGAACAGGGUUGGGUUACAGCAGGGUAGCUCUCCAGGAACAGGGUUGGGUUAUAGGAGGGUAGCUCUCCAGGAACAGAGUUGGGUUACAGGAGGGUAGCUCUCCAGGAACAGGGUUGGGUUACAGCAGGGUAGCUCUCCAGGAACAGGGUUGGGUUAUAGGAGGGUAGCUCUCCAGGAACAGGGUUGGGUUACAGCAGGGUAGCUCUCCAGGAACAGGGUUGGGUUAUAGGAGGGUAGCUCUCCAGGAACAGGGUUGGGUUACAGCAGGGUAGCUCUCCAGGAACAGGGUUGGGUUACAGGAGGGUAGCUCUCCAGGAACAGGGUUGGGUUAUAGGAGGGUAGCUCUCCAUGAACAGGGUUGGGUUAUAAGAAGGUAGCUCUCCAGGAACAGAGUUGGGUUAUAGGAGGGUAGCUACAACUACGGGACAGGAGGGUAGCUCUCCAGGAACAGGGUUGGGUUAUAGGAGGGUAGCUCUCCAGGAACAGGGUUGGGUUACAGCAGGGUAGCUCUCCAGGAACAGGGUUGGGUUAUAGGAGGGUAGCUCUCCAGGAACAGAGUUGGGUUAUAGGAGGGUAGCUCUCCAGGAACAGGGUUGGGUUACAGCAGGGUAGCUCUCCAGGAACAGGGUUGGGUUAUAGGAGGGUAGCUCUCCAGGAACAGGGUUGGGUUAUAGGAGGGUAGCUCUCCAGGAACAGGGUUGGGUUAUAGGAGGGUAGCUCUCCAGGAACAGGGUUGGGUUAUAGGAGGGUAGCUACAACUACGGGACAGGAGGGUAGCUCUCCAGGAACAGGGUUGGGUUACAGGAGGGUAGCUCUCCAGGAACAGGGUUGGGUUACAGCAGGGUAGCUCUCCAGGAACAGGGUUGGGUUACAGCAGGGUAGCUCUCCAGGAACAGAGUUGGGUUAUAGGAGGGUAGCUCUCCAGGAACAGGGUUGGGUUAUAGGAGGGUAGCUCUCCAGGAACAGGGUUGGGUUAUAGGAGGGUAGCUCUCCAGGAACAGGGUUGGGUUACAGCAGGGUAGCUCUCCAGGAACAGGGUUGGGUUAUAGGAGGGUAGCUCUCCAUGAACAGGGUUGGGUUAUAGGAGGGUAGCUCUCCAGGAACAGGGUUGGGUUAUAGGAGGGUAGCUCUCCAGGAACAGGGUUGGGUUAUAGGAGGGUAGCUACAACUACGGGACAGGAGGGUAGCUCUCCAGGAACAGGGUUGGGUUAUAGGAGGGUAGCUCUCCAGGUUAAUCAAGUCAAAUCACCUGCAUUUUAACCUUUUAUUUGAAACCUUUUCCAGAAAUGAGAAUUAGAUUCCAAAGGGAAAGCAAUCGUCUCAGUGUGGUGCCGGAGGACGGGGCUGGACCAGCUGACAUAAAAAAAGAAAAGGGGACAGUUUUGAUUAAAAGCUUGAAAUAAAAGUACAAAUCCAGGUCAAAACACAGGGCCCUAAUUAUAGAAACACGACGUCACGCUCUCUCUUGGAUGGGGGAAUGCUGUUGUGUCAGAAGGCCUGUUUUAAUUACAUCAAAAUGUCACAUAAGCAUGUGACUUGUAAUUAUAUAUUUUAGAUGUUUAUAUACAUACGCAAAUGUCGUUUGUUAGCCUAGUUUUUUGUUCUCUCAAAGUGUUCUUUGGAUGGAUUGUGCAACAGGCGACGAGGUUAUCUUUUUUUUUUUUUCCGACAGCAAAAUGUGCUCACUAUAACAUGAAGUGUAUGGAGCAAUGUUUGGUUUGGAUCUGAAAUGAAUGGAUGAUGAAAAUAAACAUGGUCAGUUGUUGCA